GGGGGGUUAGUAAUUUGUGGAGAUAACACUUAAGCCCAGGCCUGUCUUGCCUUCUAAUGUAUCAAUUCAUUCUAUCUGGAUACCAUGUCCGUGAACUGGACAUCACAUUAUUUGCAUUAUAAGGUAGAGGGAGCCGCCAGUAUUGUGCAUUUUAUUUGUGUUCUUAUCCUCCAUCAGUAUCUGGGAGCAGAUAGAAACAGAUUUUUAACAUUUAGUUCACAGGAAGCACUUUCUGCAGCUGGAUCAUAGACUCUUGUUACAGAGUCUUGUUUAUCUGUUUCCUCAAACCAGACAAGUUUGGAAUAAGAGGGUUCUGAGAACUCAACUCUUCUGCCUUCUAGUGGUAAAAAGGCCAGAUUUUCUUACUGAGCUGAAACUUCCCUGGAUGCCGUAAGCUUAAAGCAGCAAGGAUCAGGUGACACUGCUGGUGUUGGCCCAGCUGUUCGGGCAUCCCGGGGUGUGGAACCCAUGGCAGCCGCCUGGAAUUUGUGUUCAGUUUCUACUACUGAAUUGUUCUCAGUGCAAUGGAAUCACAGAUUUUCAAAAAUUAUCAAGCUACUUGUAGUCAGGUAAGGGACUGAUGAGGAAUAGAGGUCAUUCUUGCAGAGGACAGUCUCAGAUCACGCUGAGCGCGAGUCACGGUUCAGUUUCCACCACUGAUUUAGAGCCACCAGCUGCAGGAUGUGUCUGGUCAGAGUUUCCCAGCACCUGCCCCAUUUGGAACUCAUUUUCAAAGGGAAUAAUUGAGAUAAAAGUUAAUUCUAUGUACCCAAAAGGACUGGUACCCCUGGGUUAUUGACCUGAGAUACGAAUACCAGAUCUGCACCAAAACAUUUGGCUACGUGGGGAAGAGAAGUCAAUUCGGCUUUCUUGGCUGCAGGUGCCAGCUCUCCUGGCUGCAGAAUGUUGAUGAAGCCACAGGUGCCUGUUGCCUUAAAGGGCCGCAGCAUUAGGAAGGCUGAGAACCACUGCCUUAAAGGAUCAUCUUCCUUGGAGCUGGGUGAAGGCCGGUGUCUUGUGCUUGCUUGGUGGAGUCGAAUAAAGGGAAAAGACAGAGUUUUUAAUACUCCACUGUGUGAGCAAGGAAUUGUUGGAUUUGGAAUCGGAAUUGCUGUCACUGGUGCUACAGCCAUCGCAGAGAUCCAGUUUGCAGAUUACAUUUUCCCUGCGUUCGAUCAGAUUGUUAAUGAGGCCGCCAAGUACCGCUAUCGCUCUGGGGACCUUUUCAACUGCGGCAGCCUCACCAUCCGCUCCCCGUGGGGCUGUGUUGGUCACGGGGCUCUCUACCAUUCUCAGAGUCCAGAAGCGUUUUUUGCCCAUUGCCCGGGAAUCAAGGUGGUUAUACCCAGAAGCCCUUUCCAGGCCAAGGGACUUCUUUUGUCAUGCAUAGAGGAUAAAAACCCUUGUAUAUUUUUUGAACCCAAAAUACUUUACAGGGCAGCAGUGGAACAGGUCCCAGUAGAGCCGUACAACAUCCCGCUGUCCCAGGCGGAAGUCAUACAGGAAGGGAGUGAUGUCACCCUGGUUGCCUGGGGCACGCAGGUUCAUGUGAUCCGGGAAGUGGCUUCCAUGGCAAAAGAAAAGCUCGGAGUGUCUUGUGAAGUCAUUGACCUGAGGACUAUAAUACCUUGGGAUGUGGACACCGUUUGUAAGUCUGUGAUCAAAACAGGACGUCUGCUCAUCAGUCACGAGGCUCCUUUGACGGGAGGCUUUGCCUCGGAGAUCAGCUCCACGGUUCAGGAAGAAUGCUUCUUGAACCUAGAGGCUCCUAUAUCAAGAGUAUGUGGAUAUGACACACCAUUUCCUCACAUUUUUGAGCCAUUCUACAUCCCCGACAAGUGGAAGUGCUAUGAUGCCCUUCGAAAAAUGAUCAACUAUUGACCACAUAGAUAAGCUGGAAGAUUGUGGCUAGAUACGAAAAUAUUUUUCUGAAAUUUUUUUACGUAUCCUCAGAUUUAUCUCUUCUUGAAAAUAGUUUUUAAUGAAAUGAACAAUGAUGGAUAUUGGCUGAAAAGUUAUGAAUUAAUUAUUGUAUUGUAACACACAUGAAUUGGUGAUUUUCAUUGAGUGUUUUAGAUUAACUUUUUAAAACAUUCCCCAUGGUAGUCUCCUAAAGUCUGUUUGAUUUUACAUCUGUAAAUACUGGAUUUGGGGUAAUAUCAAUAAAGCAAAAUCAGAUUAUC